CACAAAAAAAAACUUUUCUCUUAAUUUCUUUCAGAUUUAAUUUUCAAUAAUGGAGGCGUAUGUGCAGCCAUCAUUAUUAUCAACAACAUAUAUUUUUCGUAAUGAAGUAUUAACAUUUAAAUUUUACAUAUUAUCCACGGAGGAAUAUUCAAAAUCACAUAUAUUAAAUGUACAACUUUGGAAUAAUUUAAGCGACAAUAAAUGGUCGGGUAUAAAUUUUACAGAAAAAAAUGACGUUAUUUUAUUUGGAUGUAAAGAAGUAAAGUAUCGUGUUUUUGAAGUAGAAGUUGAUAGUAGCAACGCUAAAGAGGGAUGGUAUGAAUUUACUGUUAGAGUACAUAGUUCAGCAUGGAGUGAUGGCGGAGAGUGGAAAUGGUUGAGUGAGGGUAUAAAUAAAAACGGGAAAAUUUUCAUUGGACCACCUAAAAUACCCGAAUCUGAAAAAGGAGUUGAGAGUAUUUUCAAUAAAGAUAUUUUUAACCGCAUAGAACCCGUUCAGAUAAGUAAAAAUGUUGAUAAUUGGUGUACGAUAAUGAACGUAACUUCAAUCGGAGAAUACCCCGUUUAUAAAAAUUUAGGAGUACCUAAGAAUUUAGUUAGAUACUUUGGAUUAGAAAGAUUGACAAAUUGGUGGUUGAUUCCAACAUCAGGAAGCGAGAAAUUGAAAAUUAAUUCAAGAGAUGUUCAAUAUUUAGUUAUACAACAAGCAUCAGGAGAUUUUGUCUCGUUAAUUCCUUUCACUAAUGAAAAAUAUACUAGUGCGUUAAAAUCAGAUGAUGAUGGGAAUUUGGUAUUAAAAUGUGCAUUUAAUACCAAUAAAUGUGAUAAGGAUGUGGACAUUAAAUUAUUUGUAAGUAAAGGAAAAGAAUUAAAUGACGUAGUAAAGAAUUGUUUGGAUGCAAUUAGGAAGGUAGUUUAUCAAGAUGAAUCUAAAGAUGUAUUUAAUACGGUUUGUGUUAGUAAUCAUGAGGUCGUCUAUUAUGAUAAAUUGGGAUAUUGCACAUGGAAUGCUUUCUAUGAUAAAGUUAGAGCAGAAGAUUUAUUACAAGCAUUAAAUUCUUUGCAUAAUAUUGGUAUUCAAGUUGGAUACGUUAUAUUAGAUGACGGGUGGCAAAAAAUUGAUGAUAAUAAACGAAUGCAAGGAUUUGAAGCUAAUUUAGAAAAGUUUCCUAGUGGAUUAAAAGGAUUGAUUGAUCAAGUAAAGAAAGAGUUUCCAUACAUUAAACACUUUGGUGUAUGGCAUACAUUAUGGGGAUAUUGGAGUGGAGUAGAUCCAUCAAAAUUUUCUGAUAAAUAUAAUGUCUGCAAUACGACAUACAACACACCCAACGGAAUCUUGGUUGCGCAUAUAAUUUCACCACAAGAUAUUUACAGAUUUUACGAUGAUUUUUAUUCGUAUUUGAAAGAACAAGGAAUUGAUAUGGUUAAAGUUGAUUUUCAGGCGUGUUUUGAUGAUGUAGUAAGUGGUGAAUAUAAAUGGUGGUGGAUUGAUUAUCAAAAAGCGUUGCGAGACAGCAUUAAUAAAUAUUUUAAUCAAAAACUUAUCUAUUGUAUGGCUAAUAGUCCUUCAAUUUUACAAAAUACUCUUUUAGAUAAACAAGUUUUAAAUGGGGAACAUAUACCACUUUAUAGAAAUAGUGAUGAUUAUUUUCCUGAUAUAGAAGAAUCGCAUACAUGGCAUAUUUAUACAAAUGCCAUGAACAAUUUAUUUACAAGUCAUUUAUAUAGUAUUCCUGAUUGGGAUAUGUGUCAAUCGUAUCACAAGUACGGGGAAUAUCAUGCAGCUGCUAGAGCAAUCAGUGGUAGUCCGAUGUAUUUUACUGAUAUUCCAAAUCAUCAUGAUAAGGAUAUAUUAGAGAGAUGUUUAAUUAAAACGCCAAAAAAUACGAUGCAAUUAUUGAGAUGCGAAAAAUCAGCAAUUCCAGCUGGAAAUGUCGAUGAUUUAUUUGUAGACUUAACAAAAGUCGAUAAAUUAUUAAAAUUUACGAAUCAGAAUGGAAGAAUUAAUAUACUUGGAUUAUGGAAUUGUAGGGACAAAAAUUUAAUUGAUCACGUCAACAUUAAUGAUAGUUUUAGGUUUUAUAAAGAAAGUUGGGAUAUAAAUAAGGAAUUAGUGAUGUAUUUUAUGAAGAACAAGGAAUUGGUGCCUUUUAAACAAGAUAAUAUUAGUGUUAUGAUUAAAAAGCAAUCUUUUGAAAUCAUCUUAUUUGUACCUGUGGAUACGUUAAAUAUCGACGAUUAUUGUCUCAAAGUAACUUGUAUUGGAUUAAUCGAUAAAUAUAAUGGAAGUAAAGCCAUAUUAUCAAAUGAAUUAAAUAAAAUUAGUAAUAAUAAAGUUAUAUAUAAUGUCGAAUUGAUUGGAUAUGGAGAAUGUGGAUUUUAUUUACGUUGUGAUAAAAAGAAUAUUUGUGAUAUUAAAGCUUUAUUAUAUGAUGACGAGAUAGCGAAAGAGAAUAUAAAAUAUGAGGAGAAGAAUGGAAUGUUGGUUGUUAAGUUGAAGGAAAAUAGUGUAGUAAAUGGAAAAGAAAGUAUUAAAUUGAAAAUUGAAAUAAAUCUUGAUUAGGGAGAAAUUGUAACUUUUCUAUCAUCUUAUAUAAAUGUAUUAUUUAAAUGAUAUUUUUUUUAUAAAAUUCGUAUCAACUUGGAUAAUUUUUCUGUGUUCGUGUAGCAGUGUGUUUAAUAUUUAUAU